AGUUGACAGGCUCUGAGGUGCUGCUGUGGUGGCGGCCGCGGGGCUGAGGCGGGUGGGAGCCGGAACUGAGUGCGUGCUGAGGAAGGAGGGCGGCGACUGGAGAGCGGCGAGCGGCGCGGGACCCGGAGCCUCUUCCACUUUUUCCCUCCCGAGCGCCCCCUCCCACCCCUCCCGCUCCGCAUACACCCUGUUUGCCCGUGAGCCUGGGGAACUUGCAGCUUAAAGCCAGCCACCCCCACAGCAACAUGUACCCCAGCAACAAGAAGAAAAAGGUGUGGAGAGAGGAGAAAGAACGUUUGCUGAAGAUGACCGUUGAGGAGAGACGCAAAGAAUACCUAAGGGACUAUGUUCCCUUGAACACCAUCCCAUCAUGGAAAGAGGAGAUGAAGGGCAAGAGCCAAAAUGAUGAAGAAAAUACUCAGGAAACAUCACAGGUGAAGAAAAGUUUGAGUGAAGAAGUUUCUCUCUAUAGAGGUGACAUCACAUUGCUAGAGGUAGAUGCUAUAGUCAAUGCUGCAAAUGCCAGUCUUCUUGGAGGUGGAGGUGUGGAUGGCUGUAUUCACAGAGCAGCAGGCCCCUGUUUGCUCGCUGAAUGUCGUAACCUGAACGGCUGUGAAACUGGACAUGCAAAAAUCACGUGUGGCUAUGACCUGCCUGCAAAAUAUGUUAUCCAUACCGUAGGACCAAUAGCCAGAGGCCAUAUUAAUGGUUCCCACAAGGAAGACCUUGCAAAUUGCUAUAAAUCAUCUCUGAAACUGGUGAAAGAAAAUAACAUCCGAUCAGUGGCAUUUCCCUGCAUCUCAACAGGCAUUUAUGGUUUUCCAAACGAGCCUGCUGCAAUCAUUGCCCUCAGCACCAUUAAGGAAUGGCUGGCCAAGAAUCAGCACCAGGUGGAUCGGAUCAUCUUUUGUGUCUUCCUAGAAGUCGACUUCAAAAUCUACAAAAAGAAAAUGAGCGAGUUUUUCCCUGCAGAUGAUAAUAAUGAAGAAGAAGACAUUGACAUGAAAGAAGAUUCAGAGGGGUUAGAGCCAAAAGACCGCUCUCCACCCCAUAAGAAGAGCAAAGCAAAGAAGCCAGAAGGCUCCAAGGACUCUAGCGAAGAUGAGAACGGUCCACAGGAAAAGCCAAGUGCCAAAGAAAUGGAAGGGCAGAGCCAGGAAGCAGACGGUGCCAGCGCUGCCAUCAUGCCCAACCCUUCUUCAGAAGAGGCAGCUGAAGUCUGUAAAGAUGAAGAUUCUGCAAAGGAUGACAAUAUUACAAAAGAAAAUGAAGUAACAGAUCAUUCUGUAUGUGGCCAAGAUCAUCCCAAUGGACAAAAGAAUGAUUCAAUGAAGAAUGAAAUAAAAAUUGAGGCAGAGUCCCAGAGCUCAUAUAUGGAAACAGAAGAGCUUUCAUCGAACCAAGAAGAUACCACAAUCGUGGAGCAGCAAGAAGUGAUUCCACUAACAGAUGACCAAGAAGAAAAAGAAGGUGAAAAAGCUCAAGGCGAGGACACACCUAGAGUUCCUGUGAAAAGCGAAGGCUCUGGUGACACAGAAAAUUCUACCAGUCCUGAUGUUGAAAUGAAUAAUCAGGUUGACAGUGUAAAUGACCCAACAGAGAGUCAGCAAGAAGAUUAAUAGGUAAGGGCACAAGAUGAAGCAAAGGAACAAAGAAAUGGAAGUAAAUGACAGUCCUCAGCAUUGCAGGCCUCUCGGCCCCGGGGGGAUGGAAAAAGACACCUGCGUGCCCUGUGGGGGAGGGUGGGGGGAGGCGAGUCCCACGGAAGGAUGGGGAAUCCUUUGCUCUAAUUUCUCCAGCUGCAUUUUGUUCUGUUUACUGGCAGAAAGAGAAAGAAAAAAAAUGGAAAAAAAAAUAAGUUUUAUUUGGUGGGGGGACCCACAUGAAUGCAUCUUUCAGGCGCUAUCCCUGUCAUUUCUGUCUUUUCUCUCAGGACCCUGCCCCAGGGUCCCAGUGGCACGUGUGACAUACAUGUGUAUCCUGGCUCCUGUCUGCUUUCUCGGUUAUUUCACAAAGCUGGUUGGUACAGUGGUUUCUUCCAAGAAAGAGAAGGAAGGUGACUGUUCGGUAAGCUGCAGGCUGCAUUUCAGGAACCAUCAAACCCUGUAUUAGCAGAAUCCAUGGAUGAAGGAGGCAGGAUAGAAAAUGGACAAAACCAUCAGAAAUCACUUGGAAAAAGGUCAGGACGAUGAGUUAAAAAUGGUGUUAUUCAGGGAUUCCCAAGAUACAAUGUUGUUCCGUGUGGUUGUCAGGAGGAUUGUGGAAGUAGAGCUUAAUCCGGAGCAGGGCGUGGAGGCAUCACAAGGAAGGUGGGCCCUGGCUGCUGUCAGGUCUUCCUUGGCAGCAGGACGGCAGGUGAGUUCUUCUCUGACACCGACUUCAGCAGAGCUCACCUGGUUCAGGAGGUCUUUCCUGGGUGCUUCACAUGGAGCCCCCCCGGGAGAUGUAACUCCUUGUGACACAAUUGUAAGGGGUGGCACUUUUCUAGGCAUUUUAGUUUAGAGACGGGGCUGCCGCAUUUAAGAUCCAAGCAUCCACCUAUGAAUAUGAAGAGUUCCACUUGAAAUCUCUCUUUAUAUAUAUGCUUCUCAUAAAAGAACAUCUUGUCUUUGCCCAGGGACUGAUGACCCACAGAGCAGAUUCUCAUUUGAAGUUAGGGGCAAUUAGAGGUGUUGCUUGUAGUUCUGGCUUCCUGGUUCGCUUUUACAUGGUGUGUUUUUGUUCAUGCUGAGUCCAAGACUAAUUUGAUGGCUAGUCCCCUCUCCCAGCACACACUGAAGG